AUGGAAGAACUACUGUUUUAUAAAAACCUAGAAACAAUUAAUUUAAUGAAUUUUCAAUUGAAACAGCUUUGUCUUGGGACAGGUUUAUGGACAAGCCCCAGCUUCCAAAACUGUAUUGAGAAACCGAACACUGCAGUGAAAGUGGCUAUCUGCAUAGUUAAUAAAAUUAAGUCAAGUGCUAUCUCUCUCAAUGCUGAACAACAGCCCUUAAUAUUUCACACACAAGUACAGUGGCUUUCGAAGGGCAAUAUGCUUAGCAGGCAGUCUGGAUUGAAAUCAGAUCAGGAACUAUUUCUUUUAAGCCAAGGGAAAACUGAGGUUUAUCAUUUAUUGUCUGAUGACAGCUUUAUAUUUUCCCUAGCUUACCUUGCAGACUUCUUUGUAACACUGAAUAAUCUGAGUCCGAAACUACAAGCUACAAUAAUGGAUGAUGGGCAAUGGUGUGAUGUCAAUGAAUGGAUAGUCGUCAGCAGUGAGCACCAAGAACUGCUCCAAAAAGAUUUCGAGCGUUAUUUUCUUCAAUUGUCUUUGGAAGGAUGUCAGCAAGAUCACUCUUCACAACUUAUAUGCAUUCCUGUUUAUCAAGGAGUGGCAGAUGAAGCCUUACAGGCCCUCAUCCAGUUCUCUUCUCCAUACCUAUGUGAGAAUGGAUUCUUGACACUAGCCAUCCUGAAAAUAAACCACCACAGUCUCCUAAAAAUGGAGACUGAUCUUAGACAUGCUGCAUUUUGUGUGGUUCUUCUGUUACUUUGA